CAUGUCAUCCGGCUGGCAUGUUGAAACUAACGUUUAGUACUUUAGCAAGUUAACGUUAGCUAGUAAGCUUUAUAGUCAGCUCCCAGGUGAUUUCUGCUCGCAAAUUAGAAGACAAAUGUUCUUUAUUGAAAUGCAUUCAUUGGCUGUGUGUCUCAGUCUUGUUGUUCCUGGUGUGAGGUCAUUUCGAGAACGUGAACGAAACAAUUAGUAUAGCUAGGAAUCUGGAGAGCUGGGAGCAUUAAGCAGUCCGCCAUGCACUUCGGGCAAAGGGGGGUGAAUAUUCUCUUGAGCCAUGUUAUAGAAGACUAUUGGGUUGUAGGACUGUAUGAGGAGGCCUCUGUGUUUCUCUAGAGGCAGAGAGGAUCGCUGCUGCUAUUUGGAGCCAUGGAGAAGAUGUCGCGGGUAACCACAGCCCUGGGCAGCAGUGCCAUAAGCGGACGCACCAUGUUCUGCCACCUGGACGCGCCCGCCAACGCCAUCAGCGUGUGCCGCGAUGCCACACAGGUGGUGGUGGCCGGCCGCAAUAUCUUCAAGAUCUACGGCCUGGAGGAGGAGCAGUUUGUGGAGAAGCUCAACCUGCGCGUGGGCCGCAAGCCCUCGCUCAACUUCAGCUGCGCCGACGUCAUGUGGCACCAGAUGGAGGAGAACCUGCUGGCCACGGCUGCCACCAACGGGGCGGUAGUCACCUGGAACCUGGGCAAGCCGUCGCGCAACAAGCAGGACCAGCUGUUCACCGAGCACAAGCGCACGGUCAACAAGGUGUGCUUCCACCCCACGGAAGUCUACAUGCUGCUCAGUGGCUCCCAGGACGGCUACAUGAAGUGCUUCGACCUGCGCAAGAAGGAGUCCGUCAGCACCUUCUCAGGUCAGUCGGAGAGUGUAAGAGAUGUUCAGUUCAGCAUGAAGGAUUACUUUACUUUUGCUGCUUCCUUUGAGAACGGUAACGUCCAGCUGUGGGACAUCCGGAGGCCUGACCGGUAUGAGAGGAUGUUCACAGCCCACACCGGCCCUGUGUUCUGCUGUGACUGGCACCCCGAUGACAGGGGUUGGCUGGCCACUGGCGGCCGGGACAAGAUGGUGAAGGUGUGGGACAUGACCACCAACCGGGCCAAAGAGAUCUACUGCGUCCAGACCAUUGCCUCGGUGGCACGGGUCAAGUGGCGUCCUGAGAGGAAGUGGCACCUGGCCACCUGCUCCAUGAUGGUGGACCACAACAUCUAUGUGUGGGACGUCCGACGGCCCUUCAUCCCCUUUGCCACCUUCGAGGAGCACAAGGACGUGACCACGGGCAUCGUGUGGCGCCACCAGCAUGACCCCUACUUCCUGCUGUCAGGCUCCAAGGACAGCACGCUCUACCAGCACAUGUUCAAGGACGCCAGCCGGCCCGUGGAUCGGGCCAACCCCGAGGGGCUGUGCUUCGGCCUGUUUGGCGACCUGGCCUUCGCCGCCAAGGAGAGCCUCAUCAGUGGCGACUCCAACAGGAAACCCUACCCGGGUGGCGACCGCCGCUACCCAAUCUUCUUCUUCAAGAAGCCCGAUCUGACGGAGCAGUUUGCCCACGUGUCCAGCGCCCUCAGCGUGUUCGAGUCGUCUCUGGAGAGCAGGCGCAUGGACUGGUUUGUCAAGACGGCGCGCCUCUACCUCCUCGGCGGCAAACCCUUCGCUGAGCUGUGCGACCACAAUGCCAAGGUGGCCAAGGAGCUCAACAGACCUCAGGUUUCUACUACAUGGACGAUGCUUCGGCUCAUGUUCUCAGAUCCAGCGAACCUCUCGACACCUGGUCCAAAUAACAUCAGCAAACUGGGCAACCUUCCUUUAAUGAACAGUUUCAGUAUGAAGGAGAUGGGGACGGAGAGCAGGCUGGACCGUAGUAAAGGAGAGAGCAGACAGGACAACAUUCACCUGGAGCCUGGGAACUCGCUCAUCAACAGCAACAACGAUGAGAAUGAGGAGACCGAGGGGAGUGAGGGACAGGCGGAGUACAUGUUUGGUGACGCUGAGCUGGAUGACGAUGACCUCUACUCUAUGGAGCACGAAAUCCAGGCCGUGGAAGAACAGGAGUACACGCUCCCCCAGGAGGCCUUCCCGCUGCGCCACGAGAUCAUGGACAACCCGUCGGUCCCGGAGCACCUGCAGCAGGACAAGGCCGACUCGCCGCACGCCAGCGGCAACGAGGCGGAGGUCAUGUGCCUGACGCCCAUAGAGUCCCUCUCACUGAUCGCCAUCUCGCAGCCGCUGUUCAGCCCCCACCUUCCCGCCCGCUUCUUCUGCCCCGUGGUCAGGGAGAUGCUGAGCCACUACGCCGAGCAGGGCGACGUGCAGAUGGCGGUCUCGGUGCUCAUCGUCCUGGGAGACCGCAUCCGUAAGGAGAUCAACGACCUCACUCAGGAGCACUGGUACAUGUCCUACAUUGACUUGCUGCAGCGUUUCGAGCUGUGGAACGUGUCCAACGAGGUCAUCAAGCUGAGCACUUGCAGCGCCAUCACCUGUCUGAACCAGACAUCCACCACUCUGCAUGUCAAUUGCAGCAACUGCAAACGGCCCAUGAGCAACAGGGGCUGGAUCUGUGACCGGUGCCACCAGUGUGCCAGUGUUUGUGCCGUGUGCCACCAUGUGGUGAAGGGGCUGUUUGUGUGGUGCCAGGGCUGCAGUCAUGGCGGGCACCUGGAGCACGUGAUGAACUGGUUAAAGAGCAAUUCUCACUGCCCGGCCGGCUGCGGACACCUGUGUGAGUACACCUGACCCUCAGCUCCACCCCCGCCCAGCCGGCUCUCUGUGAGAGGGAGAGCACCUCACCUCACCUGGCUCACGCUGGCCUGCGUCUCACACUCCAGGCUGGCCUCUCCAAAGACUGGGGUCCACAGGGGGGUGGCCAUGGUAGCAGGAUGGCUGUAUUGGAAGAUAGGUCGGUAAGACUGGCGUCCAAUUCAUUAAACCAGUCGGAGAGGAGAACGAGGGAUCAUGUACCUACCGUAUGGAGCACUUAAAAGUUUGGGAUGGGCCCCCUGGCCUAUUCAGUGCUCACUUUGACAAUGACAGAAACUCAAAGUUAAGUGAACACAAUCAUCUGUGCCCGUCAAAAGUUUGGACACACCUACUCAUUCAAGGGUUUUGCUUUAUUUUUACUAUUUUCUACAUUGUAAAAUAAUAGUGAAGACAUCAAAACUAUGAAAUAACACAUAUGGAAUCAUGUAGUAACCAAAGAAGUGUUAAACAAAUCAAAAUAUAUUUUAUAUUCUAAAAAGUACCCACCCUUUGCACACUCUUGGCAUUCUCUCAACCAGCUUCAUGAGGUAGUCACCUGGAAUGCUUUUCCAACAGUCUUGAAUGAGUUCCCACAUAUACUGAGUGCUUGUUGGCUGCUUUUCCUUCACUCUGCAUUCCAACUCUUCCCAAACCAUCUCAAUUGGGUUGAGAUUGGGUGAUUGUGGAGGCCAGAUCAUCUGAUACAGCACUCCAUCACUCUCCUUCUUGGUCAAAUAGCCCUUACACAGCCAGGAAGUGUGUUUUGUGUUAUUGUCCUGUUUGAAAAACAAAUGAUAGUCCCACUAAGUGCAAACCAGAUGGGAUGGCAUAUCGCUGUAGAAUGCUGUGGGAGCAAUGCUGGUUAAGUGUGCCUUGAAUUCUAAAUAAAUCACCGACAGUGUCUACAGCAAAGCACCAUCACACCUCCUCCAUGCUUCACUGUGGGAACCACACAUGUGGAGAUCAUCCGUUGACCUACUUCGCAUCUCACAAAGACUGCGGUUGGAACCCAAAAUCUCAAAUUUUGACUCAUCAGACCAAAGGACAGAUUUCCACCGGUCUAAUGUCCAUUGCUCGUGUUUCUUGGCCCAAGCAAGUCUCUUCUACUUAUUGGUGUCCUUAUAGUGGUUUCUUUGCAGAAAAUUGACCAUAAGGGCCUGAUUUAUGCAGUCUCCUCUGAACAGUUGAUGUUGAGAUGUCUGUUACUUUAACUCUGUGAGGUGCAAUCUGAGAUGCAGUUAAUUGCAGAUUUCUGAGGCUGGUAACUAAUGAACUUAUCCUCUCCAGUAGAGGUAACUCUGGGUCUUCUUUUCCUGUGGCAGUCCUGAUGAGAGCCAGCUUUAUUAUAGCUCUUGAUGGUUUUUACGACUGCACUUGAAAAAACUUUCAAAGUUCUUGAAAUUUUCCAGAUUAACAGACCUUCAUGUCUUAAAGUAAUGAUGGACUGUCGUUUCUCUUUGCUUAUUUGAGCUGUUCUUGCCAUAAUAUGGACUUGGUCUUUAUAUUCUGUAUACCACCCCUACCUUGUGACAACACAACUGAUAGGCUCAAACACAUUAAGUAAAGUAAUUCCACAAAUUAACUUAAGGCACACCUGUUAAUUGAAAUGCAUUCCAGUUGACUCCCUCAUGAAGCUGGUUGAGAGAAUGCUGAGUGUGCAAAGCUGUCAUCAAGGCUACUUUGAAAAACCUAAAAUAUAUUUUGAUUUGUUUGAACACUUUUUUUUGGUUACUACAUAAUUCCAUGUGUUAUUUCAUAGUGUUGUCUUCACUAUUAUUCUACAAAGUAGACAAUAAAGAAAAAUCCUUGAAUCAGUAGGUGUGCUCACACUUUUGACUGGUACUGUAUAUUUGCUGAAAUGGCCUUUUGUUUUUGUAAUUCAGUGUGUUGCUCAGCUGGGCGGAACAGUUUGCUCUUCUAAAUGGAUCAUUUGUAUGUAAAUAGCGAUAAAGAUGUCUGUCUUGAUGUGGACUUUAUUCAUCAGAUAACUAAUCUCCAGCACUGUUUUCUAUGGCAAUAAAACAUUUUGUGAAGCUCA